CUUCGUACUGGUAAUGUUCUGCGGAAAGUGCAAGAUUCAUUAGAGCUGAACAAUGGCAGAACAAGAGGUAGUGUUAUUGGACGAGUGGCUGAGCAUGUUUGGGUCGAGAGCCAGAAUAGCGUUGGCUGAGAAGGGAAUCAAAUACGAGUACAGGGAAGAAGAUCUGAGCAACAAGAGCCCUUUGCUUCUGCAAAUGAACCCAAUUCACAAGAAGAUUCCAGUUCUUAUUCGCAAAGGCGAACCCAUUUGUGAAUCCCUCAUAAUAGUCGAAUACAUCGAUGAAGUUUGGAAAGAAACAGCUCCUUUACUUCCCUCUGAUCCUUAUCUCAGAGCUCAAGCCAGAUUCUGGGCUGAUUUUGUGAACAAGAAGGUGGGAGAUGUCGGAGGAAGGAUAUGGGCAGGGAAGAAAGAAGAACACGAAGAGGCAAAGAAGGAGAUAAUAGAGAACUUGAAGCAAUUGGAAGAGACACUUGGCGACAAAACUUUCUUCGGAGGUGAAACCUUUGGGUUUGUUGACAUUGCUCUGGUUCCAUUCUCUCCCUGGUUUUACACUUACGAGGCAUUAUGCAACUUCAAGGUGGAAACACAUUGUCCCAAGCUCAUUUCCUGGGCUCAUAGAUGCAUCCAGAGGCAAAGUGUUUCCAAAUCCCUUGCUGCUGAGAAGGAGAUCUACGAUUUUGUUAUUGACUUCAGAAAGAAAAGUCAAUUGGACUGAAGAAACACAUGAAGAAUACAAAACUUGUGCCAAGAAUAAACAGAAAUAACAAGUGUCUCAUACAAACAGUGUUUUAAAGUUUGAGUUUCGCGUGGUGGAUCCUUUCGUGUGUCAGAAGGUGAAAUCAACUUGGUUGUGUCUGGUGAUUACGCAAUAAAAUAAGUUGUUUGUAACAACAUGUUCUUGAUGUUAUUGUACAAUGAAAAAUCUUGGUUGUGUCUUCAACAUUUGUUAA